AACACAUUUUCUACUAUGACAAAUCGCCAAAAACCAGGGCGCCAUCCCUCAAGCAGCUCCCCUGGGCAUCCUUCUCUGCCCAGGCCCCAGGAGACUAGCAGCGACCAGGCCUUGGGCGCUGUGUUUCCAUGGCAACUCCAAGACCCAGCAACACCCAUGAAGAGCGCCAUGAUUUCCGCCCAGCGCCAGCUGGCCUGGGAGCUCACUGCUGCACAGAAACGAAACUCAUUUGGAUCAUGUCAAGAGAAGAAAAUAUUCCCCUGUUUUCAUGCUGCAGACCGUUUAGGCAAUGAGUAUGUACCAAUUAAAGGUGAUCCUGAUCGUGGACCUGGAGCUUAUAACCAUGCAGAGAGAAACACUCUUCUAUAUCAUCUGGUUAACAAACCAGAGAGUACUAAAGGUUACACCAUGGGAGCAAGAACAGCCCCACGUUUUGGACUCAUUAAAAAGCCUGUGGUUCCUGACCCUGCAGAGUACCAGGCAGCAUGGAUCAAACAGCACAAGCACAGGCCUGCAUUUGCUCCAUUUAGCAGCCACUCACCACGAUUUUCAGAUAAGCUUCUGGAUAAAGACUUUUUCCCCGGACCUGGAACUUAUGAUCCAAACAAGAUACCACACAGGCAUGUCACUUGGCCAGGGAGAUUUGGGUCCCCAGACUGGGAUUUAGUACCAAUGCCAGAAAAAAGAACCUUCAAAGCUGAGCUGCUUACAGACAAAGAAUUCAAGAAGCAUCGGAACCUAGUGGCAUACCUGAGCAUAUAUUACAGUGACUGAUUCUUCUGACUGGAGUCUUUCCUGUUCUGUAUACUGUUAGACAAAUCUGGAGCAAUGACUACUUUUGUUCUUAAUUUCAUUUAAUAACUAGGCUGCUUCAUAAACAGCUGGUUUGUUACUCUUCUAAAUGCUUCAUAUCUUCCUAAUUUGAUUGUCUGGUAAAAAGUAUUAUGUCAGCUCUCCUCUUCCACAGAUUGAAACAUCUAUGGAUGGCACCGCCUGGUUGUUCCCAGUGGUGGUGCGUGCACACUGCCACACCAACAUGGUUGUGUGCACAGCACAUGCCGUUGAAAUAAACAGGAUUUUAGGAUCUAUGAAUAUUGCUAUCUGCUGGGGCUCUGGAACAGAACCCCUCAUUGAUAGAAAGAGCCAACUGUAAUUCAUUUUAUACAAAAUAUUCACAGCCGUGAAGCUUUUAAAGAGGCUUCAAAAGCCAGGGUACUGGUGAUUUGUAGUUGCCAUGCCAGACCUUCAGUUUCUCUUCCCCAAGCCACAUGAGUCAAUCCUCCUAUUUGCAGUCAGGGUACACAAACACUAAUCAAUACUCAAAUACUGUAUGCACUUUCUCAUUCUUACUCUGUGUGCCAGCUUUAAAAUACCUUGCCAACACUUUGAAGCUAGAAAUUGAGGUCACAGUGCCCAUAAAUUAUGUGACAGAGUUCUUACCGAAACAACACAACCUGGUAAAAUACCAGGAUCCAGAAUCUCUUUCACUACUCACCUGCUGCACCUCCCAAUGCUCCUUUGAGCACAGAGAAGUAAUCUACCUUGUCUGUCCUCAAUGUGGCUGAGGGCAGAACUAAAGCCUAGUUCCAUUGUGUUCAAUUAUUUUCUGGCAAUAUAAUAUCAGUUACACUCACAAACACACAGAGAGAGAUUGUUUCUUCCUUUGUUGCCAAAAUGACAUGGGAUGGUUUCAUAUCUAAAAAAUAAACCAUUGUUUCCCACUGCAAGAGGGCUUCUGCUGUUUCCUCCUUCUCCUUUCCCACUCAUGAAGAGGCUCUUUUGACUUGAAAGUAAUCAGUUUCUGAUGAUGUCAAAACAUAAAUUACAAACAAGCCAGGAAACCAUGGUUUAAUCCUACCUUACUGUGAUUAGCCACAGUUCAAAGAAAGCAUAGUUACCCCAAUUGUGACAUCACAAUUCAUUUAAAGUCAAAAACAGAGCUUUCAGUCUUCUUGUAACACAACAGAGGGGGAAAGGGGAAUUGGAAAGUAUAUGAUUGAGCAUAAAAGGCCAAGACUCUCCAUGGCUUGUUUUCAUAUGAGGAACACAUGGUUUUAUGUUAUACCUGACUUGAGCCAAAAGUACUGUACUAGGAGCAUAAGUUUGCAAUCCCCCCUCUUGCCCCAGAAACUAUACAGCAUAAGAGGAUUGUAAUAUGAACACCUGCAAACCUACCCAUACAAUUUGUACCUUGUGCUAAUACACUACCAUCAUACCACACUGUUUGAUGCUUAGAAUAUUUCAGUGUGUUAGCUAGAAAUACUUCCACAUUAAAAAAUCUCUCCAAAACCACCCUAUAAAUGGCUCUUACAGGUUUCCUUAAAUAUUCUUGAUGCUUUGAAAUAAUUGGUUUUCACUUGAAACAUUUCUCACAAAGGCUUUGUUAUUCCAGAGGGGCCACAUUCCCAUUUUUCUUAUAUGUUGCCUUGUACAUCUUGCAAAACAGUGGAUUCAGAUUAGACAGCCCAUAGAAUCAUCUGCCUCAAGAAAGUAAACAUAUUUUGUCAGUUACCAAAAAAACAACCUUAAAGUCAAAUAAUUUCAGACUUUACAGCAUAAAGCCUGUGUCUCCCUAUUUUAUUCAUUCAUGUCCCUUCUUAUUAUUGUAAUUAUUCAUUGACUGUUAAUGACCAAUUUCUUUGUCUUGCUUCACUAAAAUAUAAUAAAGGUGAUAUCAGAAAGUCAGUGUGA